AUGACAUCGAGCCGAACGCGAGAUGGAUGGUUGCCUUUCAAUUUUGGCGCAGAGAUGAAGCGCUUCUUCGUGUGGCGAGACGAGGUGUGCAUGCGAUGGACUGCCUUCUGCUUCGCCUGCGACCACCGAGUAGCGAGCAUGAGAUCUGGUCUGGUCAUGAGCCAUGUUGGUACAGUUGAAGUCAUGCCACCUGCAGCAGCGCCGCCCGUCGUCCCAGUCGAGCGCGCGCCGCCGUCACGAGCGUCACGCAAGCCCGAGCAGUCCGCGAGGUAUGGCAUGGAGACGGCCGAGGAGACCGAGCAAGCCCAUGUCCGCGCCGUCAUUGCUUCCCUCCGGCGUUACAGACCGGAAGCCUUGACGAGCAACAACAAGCGUCGAUCAGAUUUCUAUCAGCUCUCACUCGCUCACCAGGAUCUGCUCGGUCAACCGCACAAGGACCUCAUCAAGAACAUUGACGGAUGCAUACUUGCCAAUGCACGGUUCCUUGCACUCGUAGCGGACACCGCGAGUGAAGGCAUCUUUAUCAGCGAGGGCGCGGCAGGCAGCGAAGAGCAGCAGGCAAGCCAUGCUCACUCGCACAACCGAGAAGACGCUUCGAAAGUGAGAAGCACGCUCAAGCAAUUUGCAAGAGAAUGGAGCUCUGCAGGCGCGCGAGAACGGAGAGCGGUAUACGAUCCCAUGCUCGAAGCGCUCGAAGCCCACUUUGUGCACACAUCAGAGCCUACCCGCACCGGACUACAUUGCUUGGUGCCCGGUGCUGGGCUGGGUCGACUCGUAUGGGAAACAGCAAAACGUGGAUUCAGUGCGCAAGGGAACGAGUUCUCUAUGCUCAUGCUGCUCGCAUCAGACUAUCUGCUCAACCACUCAGAUGCGGUGGAACAGCAUACCAUCUAUCCGUUUGCGCAUAGUCUGAGCAACCUGCCAGCACGAACGACUGCUUUGCAGCCCGUCAGACUACCGGACGUCUUGCCAAGCGAUCUGCCUCCUGUUGACUUUUCGAUGACCGCUGGCGACUUUGUCGAGAUCUACGGCACGGCCGAAGCACGAGGCCAAUGGAACGCCAUCCUGACGAGCUUCUUCAUCGAUACGGCGAGGAACGUCAUCGAGUACCUCGAGACGAUUCACAAUCUGCUCGCCGACGAUGGCAUCUGGAUCAACUGCGGUCCUCUGCUCUGGCAUUUCGAACAAACGCCCGGGGAGACCUCGAUCGAGAUGCCACUGGACGAUCUCAAGAGGAUCAUCACCUCGAUCGGCUUCGAUAUGGCCAACGAGAGGAUGAUAGAGACGAUGUACACUGAUUCGGCAGAUAUGCUAAUGCAGCACCGCUACACUGCCGCUUUCUGGACUUGCACCAAGCGGAGGACGAACUAG